AUGGUGACUACCUCAGCAGAUAGCUCUGGUAAUGACGAAAAGUGGCAGACGGAACUGAGCCAGAGUUACAGUAGCCCUGGUUUGGACUAUUCAGAAGACACCUUUGCCUUCAGUGAAGAGGAAGCAGCCUGCUGGCAGCAAGAGAGCGAACCAUCUGAAUUGUAUUGUUUCACAGAGGAUUUAGUGUGGUCUGCUGUGUCAGAUAUGUUGGAAAGCAUGUCAUGGUUGGCAGGCCAAAACCAUGCAGAUGAGCAGUGUGAAGUAGCAGAUUCUGCAGCUAUAGGACAAGAUGUCAUGGGAAAACGGAUUGAUCGAAAAAAUGAAGAAGCUGGCAUUAAGCAAGACAAAUCUGUCAUCAAAACUCAUGCUGUAAUUCUCUUUCCCCGAUACUGUAAUUGACACUUUUGUUCUGUUGAUUUAUGCCUGACAGAAAUUACUGAAUUAUUCGAUGGAGAACUGGAUGCUCUCCGCUCUUUUUGCACCAUUAAGAUAAGCAAGAUGUGUCAGCAGCUGAUCUCUAAGCAGGCAAAUGGUGGCAAGUCAAGAAAGCUGCAGCAUGGAUUUGCAGCAGAGAAACUGGAGACAAGUGACUUGAACUGCAUUGUUCCUGAUCGGCUAAUGAACAGAAUCCGCCUGAAAAAUAUCAGAGAGACUGCUAAACAGGUGACAGAAACUCAAAUGCACGAAUCUUCAGUGUGCCCUGACUGUCAGAAGAAGAAAGCAGAGCUAGCCAAAAUUACCUUUCUCAGACAAAAGAAGAUUCUAAUGGAAAGUGCUUUAAUCCAAGAGAAAUUGGAAGAACAGAUUUACUCCAGAGAUGUGCUUACACUUGUAGGAGAAGCACUCGGAAGCUUUCCCAAACCUUCAGAGGAUCCCAGGAACUUAUGGCAAAGGCUGAAAGGUCAGAAAAUGUAA